AUGGGGCUGGAGGUCCCGCCGAGAGUCCCUCCUUCGAAGCCUCCGCUCUCCAAACUGAGGAAAGUUCGCAAGAGGCGGGAGAUGCUGCUACAACAGCUGGGCUUCGUCUGCGCGAUCCUCUUUUUUGUUUGGUGCAUGGCCAAGCUAGGACAAGAGUCAGCUGUUGAAAACCAAAGUGUUCUGUCAGAAUUAUGGAGGAAUAGAAAAUUGAUGGCAUCACAUAAUGAGUCACACAAAAAGAACUGCACAGAGCCAGCGAUUCAUGAAUUUCCUCAGGAUUUAUUCAAAAACAAAGAAAGACAGCAAGGAGCAAUAUUGCUUCAUAUUCUUGGUGCUCUGUAUAUGUUCUAUGCCUUGGCUAUUGUAUGCGAUGAUUUCUUUGUUCCAUCUUUAGAAAAAAUUUGUGAGAAACUACAUCUGAGCGAAGAUGUUGCAGGAGCCACAUUCAUGGCUGCUGGAAGUUCAACCCCCGAAUUAUUUGCAUCAGUCAUAGGUGUGUUUAUCACUCAUGGUGAUGUAGGAGUUGGAACCAUUGUUGGUUCUGCUGUUUUCAAUAUCCUCUGCAUUAUUGGUGUCUGUGGAAUCUUUGCUGGGCAGGUGGUCCGUCUCACUUGGUGGUCUGUGUGCAGGGAUUCUGUCUACUACACUGUGUCUGUAGUAGUGCUUAUUGUGUUUAUAUAUGAUGAGAAAAUUGUAUGGUGGGAAAGCCUUAUACUCAUCAUUAUGUAUUCCUUCUAUAUACUUAUCAUGAAAUUCAAUAUGAAGAUGCAGAACUUCUUUACUAUCAAAAGUAUGAAUGUUGGUAAUGGCAACACUGUGAACAGUGAACUGGAAGAUGGUAAUAAAUAUUAUGACAUUAGCCGUGAUGAUCCAUCCAUACCAUUGCUAUGGAAAGUGAAAGGAAUACAAGAGCAUGGACGCAAUUCUGUGGUGAUGGUCGAUGAGAUUAUUUGUUCCAGUCCUCCGAAAUACCGUUUCCCUGAAGCUGGCUUGCGAAUAAUGAUUACCAAUAAAUUUGGGCCAAGAACCAGACUACGGAUGGCAAGCAGGUUAAUUAUUAAUGAGCGUCAGCGUCUAAUUCAUUCUUCCAAUGGCCAGUUGAUUCAGAAUGGAAGACAUGAGAAUAUUGAAAACGGGGCCAUCCAUGCUGACAACCAAGAAGAAGCAGUACACAUUGCCCUGUCUCCAUUUUCACCACCAGAAGGAAAAAUGGAAAAAGUCAAAUGGAUCCUGACCUGGCCACUGAUAUUUCUCCUCUUUUUCACCAUCCCAAACUGCAGCAAGCCACGCUGGGAAAAAUUUUUCAUGGUGACAUUUCUCUUUUCCACAUUAUGGAUUGCUUUGUUUUCCUACUUUAUGGUGUGGAUGGUAACAGUGAUUGGUUACACUCUAGGGAUUCCUGAUGUUAUCAUGGGCAUUACUUUCCUAGCUGCAGGGACUAGUGUACCAGACUGCAUGGCCAGUUUAAUAGUAGCAAGACAAGGAUUAGGUGACAUGGCAGUGUCCAAUACAAUUGGAAGCAAUGUGUUUGACAUUCUUGUGGGGCUUGGAGUACCAUGGGGCUUACAGACUAUGGUGGUUCAUUACGGCUCAUACGUUAAGAUAAACAGCAAAGGACUACUUUAUUCUGUUGUGCUUCUUCUGGGGUCUGUAGCUCUUACUGUUGGCGGGAUCCACUUAAAUAAAUGGAAACUUGAUAAGAAAUUGGGCAUCUAUGUGCUCACCCUCUAUGCCAUUUUCUUGUGUUUCUCAGUACUGAUAGAGUUUAAUGUCUUCACUUUUGUCAACUUCCCAAUGUGCCGACAAGAUGACUGA